ACUGCUUGUGAUGGAUGUUUACUUUAGUAAGUCUUUGUCGUAAUUAUUUUCAGGACUGAAGAGAAAGAGCAGCAGGAGGAGGGGGGUGAAAAGUAUUUUGGUGCAGCUGUUUUUUUUUUGUUUUUUUUUGUUAAUGAAAAGCGAAAAGGCAGGAGGCAGGCCCGUCGCGUGUGUCSGCUCUGGCUGGUGUCCGACCCGAAGCUUCUCAUCUCGCCUGUUGGCGCAUGCAGGUGGCACCGGACCCGCGAGAGGAUUAUGACCCUGGAAGGAGAGCUCGAGCUCAUGGAGAGGGCAGAUAUCGACGUGGAGGGAAAAGGGAACAAAGCUACACGGAACCAGGGGUAUGUAUCUUUGACCAAAGAAGACGGGGCCGAUUUGGAGCAGCAACGCGCUGCGUCCCUGUCUCCAAAACAGCCAGCGAAGGAUACGGAGGAUGAGGGUGACUUUACGCCAAAGUGCACAAAGAGAAUCGCUGCCUCGGUGAAACCUCCGUACUCCUACAUCGCUCUUAUCACCAUGGCAAUCCUCCAGAGCCCGAAGAAAAGACUGACUCUCUCGGAGAUAUGUGACUUCAUCAGCCAGCGCUUCACGUAUUACCGGGAGAAGUUCCCCGCGUGGCAGAACUCCAUCCGUCACAACUUGUCCCUCAACGACUGCUUCGUCAAAAUGCCCCGGGAGCCCGGUAACCCCGGGAAGGGGAACUACUGGACGUUAGACCCUAUGUCGUCUCAUAUGUUCGAGAACGGGAGCUUCCUACGGCGGAGGAAACGUUUCAAACGGCAGAAUUACCGAUUUGGGAUGAUGGACACCCGGUGCCCGCUCGAGCGCAGCAGCGUGCUCCCUGGAUUUUCCUUCUACGGGGCGAACGGAAUAGGGCCGUGUCAUUUUCAGGUACCCGGUUUGGAAUUGUACCAUCACUUGGGCAUCGAACAUCAAUCUGUUUCUAACCAAAGCAUCCCACCAGUGAGCAGCAUCUUGCCCGCGCUCUCCUCACUUUUAUCAAGGAAUUCGAACAUUGUCCAAAAGACGUUUCUUACACCUCCGUCUCUUAGCUUUGAGAAUUUCGAAACGACGCACCGCUCAGCCUCCACAGUGGCCCAAGCUUUGGUKCCCGGAUCUUCAUUUCUGUCCCCGGCCUCGCUCCAUUCGAUGGGCGCUCCGCAUCUCUGGAGCUUUCAUCCCGAGUACCACAAACUGCGCUCUCUCCCCAACUCCAGCCGUAUAGCAAAUGAACUCUUGCAGCAACUUGGUGACAAAUAGCUUAAUCAAUAGUGUUUUCUGUAUUGACGUGGAUUCAUCAGGGAAACCAACUUUCAUAGAUUUGUAUCUAUUCAAUUAAUAAAUGCUUCAAAUGAAAAAAAAAUAUAUGUUUUGAAGGUGUCAAUUGAGUCAAAAUGUCUAACAAUGUUAGUGGCCACCCCAAAAAUGUUUUGCAAUAUAAAUGUUUGAGGCCUAUAUUUUGUGUAAAUAAGCACUUUAUAAUGAUAUGUUUUCAUUUGAUUUAUAACGACAUUUGGCAACUUAUCAUUAAUUGCAAUGUUGAAAACAAACUGAAUUUAAAAAAUCAAAUCAUGGCAAAAAACAUUUUGUAAUUGAACAUGUCAGAUUUAUUAUGCAACUCGUCUUGAUUCACUGACGCAGAACCUCUCAGAAUUCCCUAAUCUAGCAUAUGCGCCAAUCUUGCAGUGGCAAAUUUAAUUCUAUACUUUGAAAAUGUUAUAUUUUGCCUUAUCUAUCUUAAGGCGAAGUCUGUUUUCCUACACUACAAUCAAUAACACACAAAAUAUUUGGAGCGCAAACUAUGUGGAGCCCUGAAACAUAAACACACAGUUUUCAAUAGCCUUUUAUUUUGAAAGGUGCUGGUCUUAUUUUUGUUUA